AUGGCUACCUACGUGAAGGACUCUGUCCCUUCCAAGGAAGAUGACAAUGCUGUUGCUGGACCUUCCGGAAUUCAGCAAUCGAAUCUCAUCACCCAUUAUCUAUACAACACAGGAGAAAGACCUUUCGUGUGCAACGUCUGCAAUAAAGGUUUUGCUCAUAAGGGAAUCACAUCUAAACUCUACCUGUGCCAACUUUGUGACAACGUAGUGACUUAUGGUGAAAAUCCCCCUUGCUUUUUUUAUAAGAAUUAUGACAGUGUGUACUCACUUCAAAAGAGAGGAAAUUUAGAUGAAAAGGCGAAAGACAAAUGUGUAGAAAAUUCAAAUGACAGUUUUCGGCAUUCUAGUCAAGCUGACCAGCAAAACGAAAGUAAAAAAUCAGAGCUCAUCCAUUUAUCACUGUUUCAAAAUAAUGAAGAAGUCAAGUCGCUUUCCUCAAACGGAAACAGGUGUAGAACUUUGGCAGAGAGCUCCAACAACGCACAAAUAUGCAAUCCUUGUGAUAUUUCAUAUUUCAAUCUUAUUUCAGAAGUUCAGAUGAUUGAAGUCGCAGCUAAAGAAAAUACAUCUAUUUUAGUUUCUUCAGAAAAUGUGGAAUCUCGUUACAGACUUGAAACUGAUCAACGUGAAUCUUGUAAAAAAACGGAAGCUGUCACCAGAUCAAGCACUUUUGAUAUACAAAAGGAAAGAGGGUUAGGUGUAUCGGGUGUUAUGCAUACAACUGAUGAUGGAUGUAAGAUGUAUCUUGAAAACAGCAAAUGGCAAUCUUUGAAUAAGGAUAAAAAUAAUUUCAUAUACUUUCUAGAAUGUGUUAUCAACAAAACUAUUUCAGAUAGUAAUAAUAUUUCUGGAAUAGUGAGUUUGAAUGUGAAUUCUGUUCUCCCUCAUGGAAGUAAGGAGCUGAAAAAUAGCAAAAGGCAAGUAUCAGAGGGUGAGACUGAUGGACUUACUUCACUGGAAGUGCAAUCUCAGGUUCACAAUAAGAAGAAGAAAAUGGCUACAGACGUGAAGAAACUUAAUUCUACCAAAAAGGAUGACGAUGCCGUAACUGGACCUUCAGGAAUGUGUCCUCGUAAGAAGAAAUUUUCUUGCCGUUUAUGUUCCAAGGAAUUCACUCUUCAACAUAAUCUCUACAGACAUUAUCGAACCCAUACUGGCGACAAACCCUACAAGUGCUAUGUAUGUGAUAAACAAUUCUUUCGGAAAUCAGAUCGCGACGUACAUUACAGAAUCCACACUGGCGAAAAAUCUUAUGUUUGUGAUAUAUGCGGAAAAAAAUUUAAUCAGAAAGGAAAUCGCGACACUCAUUAUCGAACCCACAUCGGUGGCAGACCUUUCGUGUGCAACGUUUGUAAUGAAGGCUUUACUCGAAAGGGAAGUCUUAUUAAACAUAAAAAUAGGAAGUACACUGCAGAAAGGAAUGCCCUUUUAAUGCCCAGCUUGUGCUAA